AUGACGAACCUCACUCCGUCAAUACCAUCCCGGCUUCUCCAACUCCCAGCCGAACUCCGUCUCAAGAUCUACGAAUAUGCACUCGACGUCCCAAACGAGUAUCUAGUCAGCAAACCAAUGAUCGUACUAGGCGAUCACGGCAACACCUUCACAUCCCGCGGCCAAUACCGCGCCUUAUCAAUGAGUCCACACUGGGUCGGCGAAGACGGCACCGCACGCAAGUUACUAGCGGUGAACCGACAACUCCACGACGAAGCCGAAGACUAUCUCUACUCGACGCACACGCUCUUCCUCCGCAACUCCUUCAAUCUCGACCGACUAGCCGACUUCCUCGACACGCUCAGCGCAACCGCCCGCGCCCGCAUCCGCAGCGUCGGCUUCGAGAUCUUCUUCUUCGUGCACACGCAGACCGGCGUGCCGAAGCGCACGCUCAAACAAUACGAAACCGCGGCGCGGCUUCUGUCGGAGAAACUUCCCCGCUGGAAUAGUGUGCUGCUUUACCUCGAUCCGCGGUACUAUUAUCCGUCGGCGAAUGUGGGUGGGAGGGAUCUUACGGCUCGGGGUGUGUUUGAUCUUGCUACGCGCUUCGGCGCGUUGUGUAAGGAUGUUAGUUUCUAUCCGUUGCCGAAUGGGGAUCAGCAUUUGCUUGAUGAGGCGCAGCAGUUUGUUUGGCGGAGUCGGUCGCCGAUGAGACAGGAUGGUCGGUCUAUUAAGGGGUGUUCGGCUUGGUCUUUGGAUUUCAAGAAGAAAUUGGUUCCAAGCCGACUCCGAUCCUCGUCUGUCCGCUGA